UUCAGUUUGUGAAUGGGUGAAUAAAUCCAUUUAAUCUAUUAAAACUGCUACAAUUAUUUAAAGGACAUACAUUCAUUUGGUAUUCAGUGAUUAUUUAAGAGACUUAACUCGUAUUAUUGUUUCAUCGUGAUCUUGGAAAGUGGAAUAGACACACAGGUAACUUACUUGUUCAUAUCCUAUGCAUGAAUGAAGCAUACCAGUUUAUCGACAUGGCUGAGAAAAUAAACAAAAAUGACUGCAGUAUAUGUUUAAAUUACUUUACGAAACCUAAAAUAAUCGACUGUCACCACACAUUCUGUACUUCCUGUCUAGAUGAUUAUGUCAAAAGAACAGCAAAGAAAAACCUGUUUCGUUGCCCAUUAUGUACAAGAUCCAUCAAAAUCCCGGAUGGAGGAGUAAACGAUUUUCCAGUGAAUUUUUAUAUCGAUGACAAGCCGGUGCCGGUGUCUGUUUGUCGACAACAUAAGAAAGAGAAGGAUUUAUAUUGUAAAGAUUGCAAGAUAACAUUAUGUUAUAAAUGUUUUAUUACGAGUCAUCAAGGACAUAACCUACAGAAUGUUGAAGAUGUGGAAAACGAACAUAAAUUAAUUCUGGAAGAACUGGAACAAAAGGUUCAGAUUAAAAUGGCGUUAAACAAGUCCAUCGUAGAAUCUUUGAAAAAAGAAGUUUUAACAAUCAAUCAAUUUUCGACUGCAGAAUGUGAAAAAGUUGACCAAAGGAUAGAAGCGAUGAUUCACAUUCUCAAAGAUGAAGGCAGAAAAAUAAAAUUGAAAGUACAGAAUCCUAAUUUAAAGCAAGCGCAGGUGAUGAGUGAUAUGACUAAGGACGUCGAAGAAAACACGAGACAGAUGUCGGAAUUUGGCAAACAGAUACGUGAGGUGUUAAACAGAAGUCAACUGGAAGAAAUACUGAAUACAACUCCAAAAGUGAGACAAGCCAUCAAUGAUGCUGAUAAAGAUUUUGCUGUACCCAAUUAUGAAUGUCCUCGGUUUCAAAAUGGGGUCGUUGAUGUUGAACAUUUGUCCAAACAAAUUGGUAAUGUACAUGUACCGGUGGAGAACCAAUUUGAAUGCAGUUUUGAUGUGAGUUGUCAUGAUGAAUAUAACUCAGUUUAUGGAGUCUUUGGGAAUCAGUUUCAAAAUGAGGUCGUUUAUGUUGAACAUUUGUCCAAACAAAUUGGUAAUGUACAUGUACCGGUGGAGAACCAAUUUGAAUGCAGUUUUGAAGAGAGUUGUGAUGAUGAAUAUAACUCAGUUUAUGAAGUCUUGGGGAAUCAAGAUCAAAUGUCCCAAUGUUAUACAAUUCAGGGUGUUGCCUGGGCAUUGGAUUGCGUUCUUAGGAAUAAGAAUAAUACGAGUACAGCGCUUUUUGUGGAUGACGGGUAUGUAAAACUCCAACUCAAGUCAUCGAAUGUGAAAUGCAGGGCCAGUUUCAAACUAAAAAUUAUUAAUAUCAAUGAUAGUAAAUCUUUAAUCAUUGAAGAUGACUGUAAUUUCAGAAAUAAUACUUCAUGGGCUGAUUAUAAGCAGGGAAACUACAAGAAACAAGCUCGAUCAGGGUUUGGUUUCUAUGGAUCGAUGCAAGACUACGCUAACAGAAAAAAAGUUCGAGCUAAAUCUUGUGUAUCGAUGGCCGAUUCAUAUGUAUGGGAUCAACUAAGCUCAGAUUACAUACUGAACCCUAGAAAUGGUUUUAUUGAUAUUAAUAAACAAAUCACAAUACAGGUUGUGUUUUCAUCUAUUGAUUGUGAAGAUUAGUACCAUAUUAAUAUUCAAUGAUUGUAACUAUACUAUGUAAGAACUGUAUUUUUAGUCGGUUAAAUGUGGUGUUACAGUGGGGACAAUUAAGUAUGUUAAGAUAAUUAUUGUUCACUAGCCGACUGCUGAUCAAAGACAGAAAAAAUGACUUCCUGAAAUCCAUAGGAACUAAUUAGAGUUUUAGAUGGUCAUAACUUCGAUUUUGUAUUGCCAGAAAGAUUGUAUUUGUCUUUUAGUCUAGAAUAACGUAUCUUAAAGAAGCUCGUUAUAACAAUCCCGCCAAAUACUUUUUAGUUCAUGAACUUUAUUAGACAUCAGCAAAUUAUUGUUGAAACCCAAAUUCUGCAAUAUUUCAACCUAAAACAAUAACAUGUAUUAGUAUUGUAUGUAAUUGCUCUUUUUACUGCUACUACGACACUCAAUACAGUUAAAGUAUUCAGUCAUAUAUUAUUACCAACGAUAUUCAAUUAAUUGUACUACUUAUUAUUCAUUCACUGAUAUUUGUAACAAGAUGUGCUGAGGUUUGGGGUUUUAUUACGUCCUUAAUAAUAUACUACAAUAUACUAAUUGUGUGUUUGCUCGUUAUGUAUGAGGUGUUUCUUAUUGAUAUAUGUUAAACAAAACAUCAUAGCGUCUCUGCGCCAGUCAGUGUGACAGAAGGCUAAUAGUAAUUUUCCUUAUUUGAAUUUAACAAAACAAGGAUUGAUAUGUGUCCUUACGUUAGUAACCUAAACGAUUAAAUAGUGUAACAAGGUUACUUGUAAUCUUGGCAUCGAUGUUCAGUAGCCAACUGGCGACCCAAGACGACCAUAAUUUGCAUUUUAUAUUGCCUGAAAGUAUUUUAGUCUAGAAUAAUGUUUCUUUAAAAAGCUCCCCGUAAUAAUUCUUCCCAAUAUUUUCCAAAUCGUAAAGUAUUGUUGAACCUAAAAUUUGGCCAUAUAUCAACUUGAAACAAUUACUAUCCAAGGGAAAAAAUACAACAAAUGAAACAUCGCUAUUUGUCGAAUAUAAAACGGUGGUGUUUUUUAAGCUGAUAUGCCAACUGUUUCCUUAAAAGCAAAACAUGAAUAUUGUUAUUAGUUGUUGCAGUUUCAGCUGUGUAUAUAAAGGAAAUAUAUAUAAUUUAGUAUUAUAUGUGAAAGAAAUUAGCGAAAUACACAUGAAUUAUUGUUGUCUUUAAUAAAAUGGUUGAA